AUGGCAACCACAUUGACAGGUGGAAGAGUCGUGUUGACUGGGCCACCUGGUAUAGGCAAAACUACUCUAGUCCGUAAGGUAUGUGAAGCUCUUAGAUCCAGGAACGUCAAUGUUCAAGGGUUCUACACGGAAGAGGUUCGACAAGGAUCACAUAGAAUAGGCUUUGAUGUCUGUACGCUGGAUGGUCGUAGAGCCUGCCUUGCAAGAAUAAGCAGAGGUGGAAAUGCCACUCAACAAAACCGCUCACCAUAUCAAGUUGGACAAUAUGCAGUUGACCUCGAUUCAUUUGAACAUUUGGCUCUCUCUGUACUUAAACAUCAGGAAAACCAUAACAUUCUCUACGUCGUUGAUGAAAUAGGAAAGAUGGAGCUUUUCAGUAUGGCUUUCAAGAAGGCGGUACAGUUGCUAUACGACUCAUCCAGUUUGCCCAUACUGGCAACACUUCCAUCUCCGAGGGGACGACCUAUUGAAUUUGUAGAAGCAAUACGGGUGCGAGCAGAUGUGAAUGUAAUUGAGGUUACAAAGAGCAACAGAGACCAUCUUUUGGGUGAUAUUUUGACCACUCUCCUACCUGGUGCUAGAGAAUUAGACACUUAGGAAUCAACUCGUCAUUUAUUGAUUGUCGGUGGGAAAGUAAAAGCAAGAGUAAGACUUCCUAAUGUAAUAUUAGAAACAUUUUUGAAGUAUAUGUUUACAUGUUUUAUGGAUGUCUGUGUUUUUGAGAUUCAUAUCAUUUUCUUAGUGAAAGUGUAUUAUUUCAGAACUGUAAAUUGUAAAUAGAGAAAAAAGAAUGUCAUAUU